UGCGAUCAUGUCCGGCCGUGGCAAGCAGGGCGGGAAGGCGCGGGCCAAGGCUAAGUCGCGCUCGUCGCGGGCUGGGCUGCAGUUCCCGGUGGGCCGCGUCCACCGCCUCCUGCGGAAAGGCAACUACGCGGAGCGGGUGGGCGCCGGCGCUCCGGUGUACCUGGCGGCCGUGCUGGAGUACCUGACGGCCGAGAUCCUGGAGCUGGCGGGCAACGCUGCCCGCGACAACAAGAAGACGCGUAUCAUCCCCCGCCACCUGCAGCUGGCCAUCCGCAACGACGAGGAGCUCAACAAGCUGCUGGGCAAGGUGACGAUCGCGCAGGGUGGUGUGCUGCCCAACAUCCAGGCCGUGCUGCUGCCCAAGAAGACCGACAGCCACAAGGCUAAAGCCAAGUGAACACACAAGAAUAACGCCGGGGAAGCUUUUCCUAGAGAAACCCAAAGGCUCUUUUCAGAGCCACCCACUACAUCACUGGAGAGCUGAAUUGCUUUUGUUAUGUUUGGUUUCAGAACAGCGGGAUUAUUUUAAAGCAGAAACACGUCCUUUUUGGAAAGCCGUAGGAGAUUCUGGCACUAGCUCCUAUGAGCCCGCCCCUUGCCCGUUCAGCCCGUUUCCCGCUCCGGGGGCGGAGCUGACACGGGUCAGAUUUUUUUUUUCCAUCCGAAGCCAUAACGUGUCCCUGCGAUUUGUUCCCUUUCCCGACAAUCUUUACGUUAGGUGCUGGGCUCUGCUCAGAUGCCUGAAGCAGAGAUGUCUCAGCACCCCUACUGCCGUUCUUU